CAUGUGGUACGUCACAUCAACUGCUUCCUUUUUUACUCUAAUUGUAGCUGGUCAGGCUUUCCUACCUCAGUUAGGAAGCAGGAUUAUAGGUGGGGAAUCCUACGACAUCGAAGAUGUUCCAUAUCAAUUGUCCUUGGAGUAUUUAGGAAGCCAUAUUUGCGGAGCUUCUAUACUGAGCAAAAGUUUCGCAAUAACAGCAGCUCAUUGCACAUAUGGAGUACGUGCUGCGCAACUUAAAGUUCGAGCCGGAUCUGGUAUUGUGGAACAUGGAGGUCAGCUAAUCCCAAUAUCAAGAAUCCAUCAACAUCCUGAUUACAACAUCAUAAACUUAGACAAUGAUAUAUCGAUUCUGCUACUAAAAGUCCCAAUUAAAUUGAACUUUAGAGCUCAACCAAUAGCUUUACCUAAUUGGAGUGAAACCAUUAAAGUUGGCACCACUGCAUUCGCUUCCGGAUGGGGAGUCAUCAAAGGUACAGACAUGUUUCCUAUAAAUUUACAGGCCAUAACUAUCAGUAUCAUUGGUCAUGAUACCUGUCAACUGCUCUAUGAGAACGAAGAUAUCACUCGAAAUAUGAUGUGCGCUAUAUCGUGGAUUGGCAAAAUGGACACGUGUCGAGGUGAUUCCGGAGGUCCUCUAGUAUCGAAUGGUAAAUUAAUUGGUAUUACGUCUUGGGGUUACGGAUGUGCACGUGACAACUUUCCAGGUGUUUACACAAACGUUCAAAAUUAUCGAGAUUUCAUCUGGAAAAAGACUAAUGGAUUAUUGUAA